UUUGUACUUUUUCUUCUUUGCCUAUCUUAAUUUUUGUCACAAUCUUCACUUUCUGGCUUCGCUUCACCAUCUAGCAGCAGCGUGUCGAGCUCGUACCUCGGAAAACUCGUACAUUAAUGCAUUCAUAGGUCAAAGUACCACUGUUUAACCAUAACCAGAAUGACUGUUUUUGUUGUUGUUGGCUUUAGAAUUUGAGAAGCCAUGGAGAAAGAUGCCUUGGGGGAGCAAAGACAUUUUAGAAGAGAAACUGAGGAACUUUGAGCCCUCCACUCCUGAUGCUGAGUUUGUCAGGAUUCUUAUUGUUGGUGAAAUUGGAGUAGGAAAGUCCAGCUUUAUCAAUUCUGUCAAUAAUGCUUUCCAAAAGCGAAUCACCUGUGGGGCUCUGGUUGAUGUGGAGGGUGGACACAGUUUCACAAAAAUUUUUAAAACCCACUACAUCAAGCGGAAAAAUGGCUCCAAUUUGCCUUUUGUCUUCAAUGAUAUAAUGGGACUGGAAUAUGAAGACGAACAUGGUGCACGUGUACAGGACAUUAUCUCAGCCUUAAAGGGCUGUCUUAAAGAAGGAUACAAAUUUAAUCCUGCUACGGCCGCAUCUAAAAACGACCACAACUACAAAAAAAAUCCCAAAGUUUCUGAUCAAACCUUCUACGUGGUCUACGUUAUAACAGCACACAAAGUGUCAUUCAUGAGGAAGGAGGUUAUUCAAAAGCUGAGAAUGAUUCGUGAGGAAGCUUCAAAAUAUAGAUAA